AUGAAGAAAUCAUCUUUUUCAGACCAGAGGCGACAUGGCCAAUCUUCUCGACACUCACCCCCAUCCCGUCCUUAUGACAGCAGUCAGAGGGAAGAACUCAGAGCUGUUGCACAGGAGACUCUAGACGUCUCACGCAGUCUGAUCAGAGAACUGGGAACAAACGACUUGGCGAGGCACUCAGUCAAGUACUCGUUCGGCUCUCUUACUCGUCUUCACCCUGCCCACUGUCCAUCCUACAGACAGCGUGCUACCAUAAAGGUCGUCAACGAUGACACGCUCAACGCUGCCAUCGAGCUCUGUCGCAGGGCGCAAAAUGACACUGAACCAAAGAGUCAGCCUCCCAUUGUCGUUAACUUUGCGAAUCGCCAUUCUCCAGGUGGAGGAUGGCUCAACGGGGCUAUGGCCCAAGAGGAGGCACUAUGCUACCGCAGUACCCUAGCUCUGAGUCUCAACAAAAAGCAAUACCCCCUCGGGAGAGACGAGGCUCUCUACAGUCCCUAUGCUCUCAUCAUGCGUGAUGAUCUAUCCUCAGGCCACGGGAUAUCACCACUGCCUGCAAGGGAGCUUCCCGUGGUGAGCGCCCUGACUGUGGCUGCCUUACGCAGUCCACCAGUACAGAUCUUCACCAACGAGCCACGCAAAGACAGAAUGCGCAGAUACAAUUCUGAAGUAUUCGAAAAGCGUGUCUUUGUCAAUGAUCGAGACCGCGAUAUCACAAAGGCCAAGAUGAGACUCUGUUUGCGCAUGGCGGCGAAGCACAAGCAUGACAUGCUUGUUCUUGGCGCUCUAGGUUGUGGAGUCUACGGUAACCCACCAGAGGACAUUGCCCAUUGCUGGCUGGAGGUGCUGGGAGAAGAUGAGUUCUCAGGAAAUUGGUGGCGAGAAGUCUGGUUUGCGGUCUUUGACCCAAAGAACGAAGGCAACUUUGAGAUAUUUCAUAAGGUACUUGACGGAAAGCAAGUUUAG